AUGGCUGCUUUCUGGACAGAAAACAUUCUUUCUUUUUCCUUUUUUCUUCAUUUUUCUCAUUUUCAUAUUUUUCUUACUUCUCUCUUUAGUUUUUCACAAAUUCAUUCAUUCUUUUUUUUUUUUUUUUUCAUUUUAAUCAUUUUCAGACUUUCCUUAUAUUUAUCUUUACUUUUUCGUUCAUUCAUUUUUCUUUUUUGGUUUUUUUUUUUGGUUUUUAUCUAUUCAUAUUUCCGUUCUUUAUGUUUCAAAUUACAUGAUUUCCUUCCUUUCUUUAUUCUUUCUUUCUUUCCCUCUUUUCUCUAUCUCUCUUUUUGUCUUUUAUUACUUUCCUUCCUUCAUCCUUUUUAUUUUUCUCCAUUUUUCUUUUUUCCUCUUUCUUUCUAUCUUAUUUUUCUUUUUUCUUACUUCUUCCAGCUCUGCCUUUUUUUCCUUCUUUUUCUCUUUCUAUUUCUACAUUUCUUUCUUUUAUCUCGUCCUUUCUUUCUUCAAGGAAAAAUGAGGCGGAGCAAACCUCACCUUGAAAGUCGUCUUGAUAAAGAAAAGUUCCUUUCGUCAUUUCGUCAUUUUUCUUCCACAACAUCCCUAUUUUUUUUUAUUCCUCCUCCCGUCGUUUCAUUUACAAAUGUAUCUCCCAUUACGCACAAUACGUCCCUGCAAGCUACUACCCAGUAG